GGCUUAAAUUUUACUUCCGCCAUUACAGAUCAAAACAAGGAAGAGAAUAUUUUCAACGAUUAUGACCUCAAGAAGUUCCAGUUUUCACUCACUUAGACUAGUCUACCAAGAGUCUUACUGUUAGGUUUAUGCUCAUCUUGGAUGAAAAAAGUACAGUUUCUCAAAUUCAGUGAUGGCGCUAGCUACACUUGAAGGAAGUAUGGUUCCAUCCUAACAUUACUGGCUUAGAGGCAGAGAAACUUCUGUUGGAGAAGGGAUUUGAUGGCAGCUUCCUGGCAAGACCUAGCAAAAGUAAUCCUGGAGAUUUUACUUUGUCCGUCAGGCGUAAGGUUGAAGUAACUCACAUAAAGAUCCAGAACACUGGUGACUUCUAUGACCUGUAUGGAGGAGAGAAGUUUGCUACUCUAGCUGAGUUGGUGCAGCAUUACACUGAAAACCAGGGCCAGUUAAAGGAGAAGAGAGGGGAGAUUAUAGAACUUAAAUACCCACUUAACUCAGCGGAUCCUACCACUGAAAGGUGGUUCCAUGGACAUAUAUCUGGAAAAGAGGCGGAAAAGUCGCUUCAGGAACGAGGCAAAAAUGGCAGCUAUCUUGUACGUGAGAGCCAAAGUCAGCCUGGAGGUUUUGUUCUUUCUGUAAGAACUGAGGAUAAGGUUACACAUGUAAUGAUACGAUGCCAGCAGGAUGGGAGAUUUGAUUUAACUGGAGGAGAACAAUUUGACAGUUUAUCAGACCUGGUUGAACAUUAUAAGAAGAACCCCAUGGUGGAGACAUCUGGUACUGUGGUACAUUUAAAACAGCCUUUCAAUGCAACACGUAUCAAUGCAUCUGGUAUAGAGAACAGAGUAAAAGAACUACAGAAAGAACACAAGGCAGGCACAACCACCAGUGGAAAGGCUGGCUUCUGGGAAGAAUUUGAGCAACUGCAACAACAAGAGUGUAAACAUCUCUAUAGCAGAAAAGAGGGCAAUAGACCAGAAAAUAAAGCCAAAAAUAGAUAUAAAAUAUAUUACCUUUUGACCAUACCAGGGUUAUGCUAAAAGAUGGAGAUCCAGAUGUCGUUGGAUCAGACUACAUAAAUGCCAAUCAUAUUGAUGGGGAAGAUGAGCCUGGUGCAAUUUUUCCUGAGGCAGAUCAUAAAAAAUACCUGGCCACCCAGGGUUGUAUGCCAAACACUAUAAGUGACUUUUGGAGAAUGGUCUGGCAAGAAAACGUUGGAGUUAUCGUCAUGACAACCAAAGAAGUGGAACGUGGAAAGAAUAAAUGUGCAAGGUAUUGGCCAGAAUGUGAAGCAACCAAAGAAAUCAAAUCCCACACAUUGAAUAUUGUGGUGAAAAAUAUUCAAGAGACGACAACAUCAGAUUACACAUUACGAGAGUUUAUCGUUUCAGCUAAGCGGAAUGAUGACUCGGACUCAAAAGAGGAAUACCAUAAAGUCUUUCAGUACCACUUUAAAGUCUGGCCUGACCAUGGUGUACCAAAUGACCCUGGGUGUGUGCUCAAUUUCCUUCAUGAUGUCAACAAAAGACAGGAAUCGCUUAUACAGGAGGCUCCAUCUCCUUCUACCUUAUAUAGAACUACCCUAGUACAUUGCAGUGCUGGCAUUGGUCGUACAGGAACAUUUAUAGUCAUAGACAUUAUACUUAAUCAAAUAACCAGGCAAGGCUUAGAUUGUGAGAUAGAUAUCCAAAAAACAAUUCAGUUGGUGAGGUCUCAGAGAUCUGGUAUGGUACAGACAGAGGCACAGUACAAGUUUGUUUACAUGGCAGUUCAGCAUUACAUAGACACAGUAUCUCAACGGCUACAGGCUAAACAGAAUAGUCAGAAAACUGGACGUGAUUAUACCAAUAUAAAAUGUGCAGCAGAAGCCUUAGGGUGUGGAGACCCCCCUAACUCCCUACCAGCUCUCUCAUCUCCUAUCCCACUGGCCCCACCCAGGCAUAAACACAAAGAGUUACCAAAGAUUCCCCCUGAACUGUAUCAGAACUUAGGACCAUUUAGCAAAGACAAGCACCAUGGGAAGAAAUGACCCACCCAUUUAUAGAGACAUUCAACAUUUAGCCGAUACCUUAGCAGAGAUCCCCAUAAUCUCAUCAAAGUUACUGUACGAUGAAAUGUGAUUUCUCAAGUAUUGGUACAUAAAACAUCAAAAUUGGAGGAUUUGGGGACCAUGCCAUCGUCAUACAGAUUUUUAAAAAUAUGAAAAUUAUUUAAUAACAAUGGGUACAUUCACAAAGAUAGAGAUUAUGUCAAAAUAUUUGAAAUAGUUGAAUCUUUGUGUUAUACAUUGGAUUAAUUUAACUUAUUUGUGCAAUUUGAGAUGUUACAUUGCAUGAACAUUAAAAGUGUCAUACAACAGCAACAUGUGUGUUUAUAUUAUGGGAAACAUGGUAGCUUCAGUUUCAGCUUCAUGCUAA